UGAGAACUUCCUCCUUUUUUGAAGUCGGUAAAAACAGUAGAAUCCGAUGUGUCUCGUACAUUGAAGAAAAAAAAUUAAAAUAGAAAUAGGGGCGGCACUGAAAAUUUCGGGAAUGAACGAAGUGAUACAACAUUACUAUUUAAAAAUGAAUUUAUUGCUUUUCGAAGUAUUCUCCGCGAAAUUUGACAUAUUUUUCCAUACGAUAGAACCAAUCAUUGAAGCAACCAUUCCAUUCGGAAGUUGGGGUCUCCAAAAUGGCCGUUUUGUAGGCGUCCACAGCUUCUUCAGGUGAUGAAAAUCUCUGUCCACGCAAUUUAUUCUUUAUUUUAGGGAAAGUAUAGAAAUCAUUAGGGCUUAGGUCGGGGCUGUACGGCGGGUGGUCUAAUAAUUCUAUGUUUUCUUGCUCUAAAAACUCUUUUGUUCUGUGCGCGGUGUGAGAACUCGCAUUGUCGUGAUGGAGGAUGAUGCGGCGGUUGCAGUUCUCUUUACGGAGUUCAGAAACGACCUGUGGCAAACAAAUGCUAGCAUACCAUUCUGCAUUAACCGUUCUUUGUCUCUCAAGAGGAAUAGUCGUAACAUGGCCGGUUUUGGAGACAAGCGUGGCCACCAUUUUUUUGCAACACUCCGUGAACGAACAAUUUUUGUUGGCUUUAACUCAUUUUCGAACACCCAAACUCGUGACUGGUUUUUUAUUUCGGGUUCGUACGCGUAUAUCCAGGAUUCGUCACCUGAUACAAUGUUGUAUACAGCAUUUGAGGAUCCUGUGUGGAAUCUUUCGAGAGUUCUGACGCACCAAGUAACGCGAGCCGCUUUUUGCUCUUCACAGAGCGAAUGCGUUAUCCAUCGGGAAAACAACUUUUUUACACCUAAUUGUUAAUGCAAGAUUAUUGUAUUUGACUCAUGCCAAUGUCUAAAGUUGCCUGAAUUUCGCGGUAUGUCACACGUCGAUCUUCCUCAAACAGCUUACGCACAGCAUCAACGUUUUCUUGGGUGACUGCAGUUUUUGGACGACCUUGACGGGGAUCAUCACUGAGCUUGACACGUCCACGUUGAAACUCAGCAAACCAGCGAUAAAUUGUGGUUUUGGAUGGGGCUUCAUCACCAAAUGCAGAAAUCAUCCGGUCAACACACUGUUUUUGUGUUAAACCACUUCGAAAGUCAUAAUAAAUCAUCGCUCUUGAAUUUUCUCGAGUCAAUUCCAUUUUCUCAACGACUAAACAAGUUUGAGUCCGUUGUUUAUAAAUAAUUUUUAUUUCUAUCAAUCAUGGUAUCGAUGCAUCUCUGUCAGCGCAGUCGUAAUUUUUCAAGGCCCUUCGUGAAGAAGUCACGUAAGCCAAAAAACUCUUCAAAGGUAUUGGGCACUGCCUAUCGAGUAUUGAAUUUUUCAUACCAAGAAGCUGUCCAAACUUUAGAAAUAGUAGAAGUCUGUCGGAGCAAGGUCUUAUUUUUUUUAGAUUUGUCUAAUGUACUCUCUAAAAGCCCCGUCUACGAAAAUUGAUGGAUAUUUAAAUCUGGGCUGGUCUGGUGAGUACGAGGGAUGACACAAAACUUCCAACAAAAGCUCUUGUAGCUUAGAGACCGUCUGUUGUGUCGCGUAUGAGAUCGAGCGAUAUCGUAUAGGAGCAGCGGGGACGUGUGAAUAAGAGAUAGAAUAAUCCCAUUUGGUAAGAAGCUAUAUUGAAUUAUUUCGACACCACUAAAGUGACCAUGACUCUUUUAUGGAUAGGUUAUAGUUUAGGGCAAUGCCUAGAUGCUCAACCAGGUUCUAACAACCAUGACUUACGAUAUCAAAAAGAGUUCAUUUUUCGUCGCAAGUGACACUGUGAUUCAAAACCCCUUCAUUUCUGUGCUGUUAAGCAAUAUGACGCAUCAUCAUCAUCAUCAUCAUCAUCAUCAGCCUUUAUCUGCCCACUGCUGGACAUAGGCCUUCCCCAAUGCCUUCCACAUAAUGCGGUCCUCCGCCUUCCGCAUCCAACGACUUCCCGCCGUGCGCACUAAGUCGUCAGUCCACCUGGUUGGAGGACGCCCCACGCUCCUUAUACCCAUCCGUGGCCUCCAUUCGAGGACUUUCCUCCCCCACCUGGCGUCGCUGGCUCGACAGAUGUGACCGGCCCAUUGCCACUUCAGCCUGCUAACUUUGAGAGCUAUGUCGUCGACUUUGGUUCUCCGUCGAAUUUCUUCGUUCCGGAUUUUGUCCCUUAGAGAAAUACCUAGCAUAGCUCUCUCCAUCGCCCAUAUGACGAUAUCUCUCCCAUAUGACGCAUAAUAAUAUCAAAUCGCGUUCGUCGCGCUCGCGAUCGUUUGAUUCUAAGUAGUGGUAGCUGCUAGAAAAUAUAAAAGCGAUAUACAUUACGUAAGUUUUUUUUUUUUAAUUUACCUUACUCAAACCAAAAUAAAAUAAAGCUUUCAACAUAGCGUAAAAAGAAUCUUAGUUUUUAAUGUCAAAUCAGUGACACUGUCAUGGUGAAGUGACGUCACGGCGGCGACUGUCGUCGCGUUCUCAUUUAUUUUUAUUUCGCAACUUCCAGUAGGUAUACCUAUGUAAUUUUCUCUUUUCCAAUCAAAGAAAACGCCAACAUUUCACUUAAUUACAUAUCAUCGGAAUGGAUAACCAAUACUAUUACAAGUUAAUGGCGAGUUAUUUAUCGAAACGAAACUGUGACGAGUCAUUCAUGAGGUACUUUUUUGGAAAGAAUGCCUUGAAGAAGACACCCGAAGAGUUGGAACGGGCUGAUGAAAGGAAGAGACGACUACAGCGGGAGCGGUCACGGAGGUACCGAGCGCUAAAGAACGCGCGACGACAAAACGAGAACGGCAGUCGGGACAGCAAUGACGGAGAUUCUUCGCGAUCGAAGUCUCGCACGCUGCUACUCGAAGAGGAGUUCAGCGACGGCGACGAGCCACCCACUUUGUGCGAUCUUAACUACGAAGAUAAAUGGCGUGAAUCCUCCGACUGUGCUUCAGACGACAACUCUGCGCAGUCGGCUGCAGAACUAAAGGACUCGGCGAAUGGCAACGAGUCGCUCACUCUGCGUGAGUUCCUUUCUUCACCGAAUGCGGAGCUGGACUAUCCUACAGUGCACAGUCUCAUGUUCCACUGGUUGCAAACGUAACAUCUGAAUGUCACUACGAUCUCACUACAGGUACUGUUUCGGUAUUGUUUGAUUAAUAGUUCUAAAUUACAAUUACCUGUAAUUGAAUCUCUGAAGUGAGCACAUGACUGAGCGUGGUAGUGUAACACAUAUCAUAAAUGUUGCUGCUUAAAUUCACAUCACAUCUUGACAGAACCGUCCUUAAUAAUUUUUACUUAUAGUUAGGUUGUAAUUUUGGUUGAAGUGUCAGGCUGGUUUUGCGUAUGUUCUGUUUUUAUGAAAUUUAAAAAUUUAAUUUCACAACAAUUAUAAAAUAAUUGUCACAUACAAUGGCUAAAAGUGGUUCAUACCAUCAGCGGUUCAUAAUAAUAUGUAUAGCAUACUAUGUGUUUGAUAAGUACACAUCUUAAGUGAAAACCAACAUGUACCAGAACAAUUAAUUAUUCUGUGUGAAUUAUUGUACUGAACCCUUCUAAAGUAUAAUGUCAAUGUUUUAUUACCUACAGUAAAGAGCGUAACCUACAGCCUGAUUACUUCUAGUUGAUAGAAUAUUCCAAUAGACAAUAAGAUGUUAAGUUGCCAUAUCCUAAUAUUUAGAUACUCAACUAUUAUAAUUAUAAUAUAUAUAUGCAUAUAGAAAUGUAUAAAGUAUUAUAUACCUAGUUUGUGAUACGAAUGAAUUUACUUUUGUGUGAAUAUACAACAUAGAUAUAGCAAGUUUAGAGUAAGAACUAAAAUUUAAUGUCAAGAUUAAAAAAGGAGAAAAAUCUGUUUUUCAAUGUGGAUGCGUGCUUCACAUAGCUCAGAACAAUUUAGUUAUUAAUGUUUCCAUUAUUGAGUUGACAUUAUUAAGGACAUGGAUCAUAUUUGUAAUUAAUACUAUGAUGACUUAAUAAUAGUAGCAUUCAUUACAAGAAAUGUAAUAGUUUAUAAUUUAUUAAGAACAAUAUUUGGAGUGUUUAUCUCUUGAGCAAAGCACAUGAUGCCUUCUAUUAUGACAGUAAACAAUAACACCAUUUCUUAAGUUGUUGACUGUGGCUUCACUUCAACUUACAAUCUGCUGCUUGAACUAGAGUCAGAAUAUUUGGUUAAAUAAAUUAAAUUAUUAAAGACGAUUUUAACAUUCUACUUAAGUAAAUAAGUCUACUUUGGGCAUUUUCAUAAAUAAGCUAUGUGUGGAAUGCAUCCACUUUAUAAACAAAGUAAUUUCAUUAUGAUACUGACUGUUUCUUUUAACAUUCCAAAAUUUGGUUUCUCUUACGAGUUUUUUUGUAUUUUUUUAUUAUACUGUUUGUGUUUCCACAAAGUUUUUCUUUUUAUAUAGAAAUUAUGUGGAUUAAUGUAAAACAAUGGCAUGAUAUAUUUGAGUAUACCAUCUUUGUUCUAUGAAAGAGUGCAUAUUGAAAAACUAAAACCCAAUAAUAAAAUUAAACAUUGUGUGUACAUCAGUACUAUCGGUACUCACAAAUAUUUAAAGACUAAACUAUAAUAUUGUGCAUUUAUUAUAAUUGUUCUCCAAUUGUAUGCUCUCUUGAGUUUGUCUAAUGUAGUUAUUACUUUCGUAUGUAUGGAGGAUAACAAACUUAAAACCUUGUCAUCAGUGCUCCAUAGAGUCAUCUCAUCUAUACUCGCAUUUUGUUAGACUGACUGACAAAGUAAAUUUUGUAGGUGUGCAGACUAGAAGACCCACCCAAAAUUUUGCGACAGACAGUCUAGUACUCGGAGAUCUCGAGGCAGAGCCAAGAGAUUUUCUAGUACGUCACUCAUGUAGUCUAAGGCUAUCAGCCCAGUACAAAUAAGUUGGGGUCUGUUUUAAAUUCAUUUAAUUAUAUAGUUGGUUGUACCAAUAUCCUUACAUAGUAAACAUUUGCCAUUCCUAGCUACAGCGACGCUACGAAACAAUACAAUUGAUUAAACGGGCCAGGUCCCAAGAUCAACCCACAUGACAACCCCGCCACCAUGACCACAUAACUUCAUGGCCUCAAUAUUCGAGAUGUAAACAUAUCUGCUCUUAAUUUUGGAUAUAAUGUCUUGUGCCUUUUCAUAUUGAUAAUCUGCUUUUAUUUUCGUCUAUAAUUUUACCUAAUUGUAUUUUUUAGGAGUAGUGAUUAGUUUUAACUAGCAACUAUGCUUCCUUUAUUCGAACAUGUUUCGCUCAGAUGUUAGUAAAUUUUAAAUUAUAACUAAUAUAUUUGAUUAGUGGAAUUUUUUGGUAAUCAAAAUCUAAAAACGUGAACAAGACGUACAUAUGAUCCCUCUUUAUAAUGUUACAUAUUAUAUUAUUAUUAAUUUAUAUUUUUUAAUGUGGAUAGGAUGUAAGGCUCUCCUGAAACUGAAACCGUACGGAGCGGUUCUGUACACCCUACAAUAUGGGUACAAUGUAACUAAUAAAUAGUGCCUAUAGGCGGUGUAGAUAUUGUAAGCAAACGUUAUCAGAGCACCGCAGCCAUAAUUAGUUUUUAGUUAAAUAAUAGCACUUAUUGAUGUUGGUGCACUAAUUUAAGAAAUAGUCUCCAAAAGAGCAAGCAAAUUCAUGUAAUGUAACAACAAUUAAAGCCGUUGAUAUCGACUUAGUUCAGAACGAUACGGAACAAAAUUAAAUAUCUUGCCGUACCUACCCGCAUUGUCAUACGUCAGUGAAGUCGGUAUGUGUACGUUGGGGCAAUGGACCGUAACAAUAUAGCAGAUAGUUAUAAUAACCGGCAAACUUCUUGAGCAUUUGUUGACGUAGUGGGGGUAAGUUUGCGCAUGGUACACUCACGUGCAAAAAAAUUACUUACUCUGCGUCAUAAUGCUAUUAAAUUAUUAAAAUCAACAUGUAUUUAUUUAUAUAUUUAUUAGAACAUCAACAAAACAUAUAGGUUAAUAAUUGUAAUAAUUUAAUCUUGGGGUAAAAUAGAUAUUCCUUCUAUUAAGUCAAAACUAGAGCUGUUGCCAGGUCUUGGUUCAGUUAAAGCGAAGCUGGUAUUUGUAAUUUUUUUUUCGUUAUCAUAAUCUUGACCAUCAUCUGAUCAUCAUCAUCACUGUUUUCAUCACCCGAGUCGCUAUCAUCGUGAUGAGUCGACAUAGGGCUCAUCGGCGUAGUUUACAACUCGGUCGAUUCGGUCUUCUUUUUUGUCUAUAAUUAAUUAUUUUUUGAAGAUAUUCGAUUCGUAGUAAUCGAAUGUUACUUUUUUCAUUUACCAGCUUCCGAUUAUUUUCUGUUCUUUUUUUCCAUCUGAAGCCUAGCUCUUUCAUAAUUCGUCGUAAGCUUCGUUCCGAGCCAUUAAAAUUUAUAUCUUCUUUAAAUUCUUCGAAGCCUUUCUACGGUACGGAGUUUCGCUGCUUGUUAUGUAGUUAUUAUGAUUACAUCUUUUUAUUACAGAUUGAACGAAACUAUCCGUUCCGGUAACUUUCUUCUUCCCUGAUCUUUUCUUACCCGGAGUCCGAAACACGGCGAGCAAGCCAGAGCCUUUAGCUUCGUUAAUAAUGCACCUAACAGUACUCACUGAUGUUUUUGUUGCUUCCGAAGUCUGUUUUAAUUUUUCCAUAUCAUUAUUCCCCUGUUUUAUAAUGAAGCAAUAUACGUCGUACACAAAUUUUCUACCCUUUCUUUUAAGUACUACACCAGUUUGUCACGGCAUAGUGUAUGUUUUAUAAAAAAUCAACAAACACUCAACAAAUAGCAAUGGCAACAAAGUCCACAAGCAAUUAUAACAAAUAACUUAACGAUUAAUAACGAUAGACUUUCCACUGUACACAAGCGUACUUUUGGGAGCAAGCGGAAUGAGGGCGCGGUGCGGGACGCAAGGUUCGACUGAUCUACCAAUAACGCGCUCGAUACGAUUUCCCCUGCCGUCGCGCCUCACCCUCACCACCAAAGUGACCUAAAAUUCGGUUCUGCGCAGUCAAGGUCAUUUGCUCAAGAAGUUUGCCGAUUACUAUAAUAAUUGUUAGAAUUGAAAAGAAGACGGGUGUCCGGCGGCCGGCCAUUUUAGAUUUAGUACAGGUAAUUCUAAUUUGGAGCCGGAUGACCGUGCGUGACUUGUUCACUUAUUUAUUAUUUUCCGCUGAUAUUUUUAUACGAGCCCUUAGAUUAACACAUUUCUGUUUAAUUGCGUAGAUUUAGGAUGAAUAUUAUUAAUCAAACAUUUUUCACGCGGCGAAAACCUAAGUCAUAUAUUUUAAAUCCUGCUCGCCGAAGAACUUACAUUUGCAUUUUGAAAUCUGAUUGAUACAUUAGUGUCAUCAUGUCCGAUCUGUGUGCAGAUAAAGGAUUUGUUACGGUCCCUCCCACACCGGCGUACACCGUCUGCCGCACUGCAUUCAUAGGCUACACAAGUAAAUAACAUUUAUAAGUCCUUGCAAACAUAGUUCCACUUGCCUAUUGGUUGGUGCUUAUUAGUGUUUGUACUUAUAGUUCAUAUAUUUAGUAUUAAUGUUGGCAGCUGAAAAGGCAUAAAACGAUAGCAAGAAUAAUAAUUAAAUAUGAUGGUACCCAAAACUGUACAAAUGGGUUAAAAUGAUUGAGGAGGAUGCGUGUUCGGAACUGUUGGAAGGAACGUCGUCGAAUGUCGAUAUGCGACGGUGCCGGCGGUAUCAGAGCACGCGUCCUCUGCCGCGAGAUGCCUUUUAUGAUCGGUCUAGUGUAGUCUAAUGCAUAGGUACUAUAAAGUAGUGCCAUAUUAAAGAGCUUCCUGUCUAUUUUUAAUACAUCUUUUAUUUGCGUCUGAGCGCCCGAGUGAGCACCGCACCGGUCGGACCGGUUUCCUUCCCACUACCUUCACGUGCUCCGUGCAACUAUAAAUAUGUACUUGAUAAUAUAAUUUACUGCAGCUUUAGUUUUCUAUAGAACAAACAGGUUUAUAGAAUAUUAAUUAUUUUUAUUCAUUUAUUACAAAAUAACAUUAUUUAGACAUCUGUAACUUAAAUAAACAUAUUUAAUAUGGUAGAAAUCGGAUCUUAAAAAUAAAUUUAUUUGAGAGCUAAGCCUCGACUAGAUCUUUGCACACACAGUCGUUAGUCGCCUACGAGUUCCGCUUUAGCCUCUAAAAUGGAAUGUCCAAUGUCGAAUGCUGUUUUCACAACAUCCAUAGUUUCGGCAGGUGGUGCAGCAUUUAUAAGCUCAUUUACAACACUGUCAUUGUUAUAGGUAUAUUAAAUCUAAUGUUGUAAUUAUUAUUUGUACUCCUCUUCAGAUUAACCUUAUGGCAAUUAUAUUCAGCCUUCAGAAUGAUAGACUACUAGAUGCAUCGACAUAGUGAACAAAAAAGGCUGCUUGCCCUUGCUUGAUUUAGAUAACACCUAUACAGUUGAUAGUGAUGUUUAUGAAAACAAAAGAGAUAACGAUUGGUCAAAGUGAUCUUGGAAAUAGCGAUCGCCUAAAAUGAAACAAACUUAUAGAGUUCGUGGAACCGCGAAUGUUAGUUCACAUUAUGAUACUAGUCUGGUCUCUUGACAAUUUAACAGACGUUGUAACAGUAUUGUAAAGCCCAAAACCAAUUAAGACAGCGCAAAUCGAGAGUCGACAUAAAGAAAGCUAUAGGUCCCACUAAGGACAGUUCACACAGAUCGACAACAGUUCGGUUAGAAAACAAUCGUGUUUGACUAUUUACAUCUUUUAUUAGUUACUCUCGACAAAUCGUUCUGACGGACGCACUAGUGUAUUGUUCAUAAUACGUUAUAACUGCCCACAUGUACGUCACGCCCAGAGAUUAUUAUGGCGAGCGCCUCAAUAAUUUAUCUUAUUAUAUCAUAUUUGGCCUGAAGGCAAUCAACUCUCCCACACAUUGUCGGCAAACUAGAAUAAAUGUGAUUUAACGGCAUAAAACAGUGCCCAGUGGAGCGUAUAUCUCCGGAUAGGGGGUAGGGGUAUGAAACAGUAAGACAACAUUCUUACUUUUUUAGAACGGUAAAAGUUAAUUAAUAUUGUCUAAUGAAGGCGCGUGUGUUCUGUUUGGACGAGCACGAGCCGGCGCGGGCGACUUCGCGCACUGUACGCGAGUACUACAGCAGCCAUGACAUCCCGCACCAUGUAUAAAAUCACCUAUGUCACCAAGAGGCAACAGCUCGAUGGUCGUGGCGUUCAACUCGUCGAGACGCUCUUCGGUCGGCCCUCCGACAGAGUCACCUUCACGCAGUUCCGUAACGGGCUCCUUUCCGUACUCGACACCGACAGAUCUGAUCCUUCGGUUGAGCCAUCAACUUCAGACGACGCCGACUUAGAACUGGCUCCAAGGUACGUUUUCGGUUCCAAAAAAUAUGGUCGCCGUUCUCGUCCACCUCGUCCUCUUGAGACUACCUCGACCCCUCGGGCGUCCUCUGCUUCCCGUCUUGAUAGCGACCACCGUCGUGCCCGCCAUCGUCCUGUAUGUAGGCGUAGCUCUUCGGCUAUGGAAUCACGGGACUUUGAGUCUGAUGAUGACUACAAACCUUCAGCAGAACUUGAUCCUGGUCGUCAGAUCGAUCGCUCCGAAGCUUUAGCACUGUGUCAAGGUUUGAAUAUGGAAGGAGUUGACCGUCUCAUUGAACACAUUUUUACUCAAAGUACUGGUACUGAAAUGACUGUCGCAGAAUUUUUUAGAAGACUGGAUUCAGAACUUGCCACAACAAUUCGAGAAGUACGAGAACGUAGUAAUACCAAUCCCAGAACUGGAUCCUCUGAAAGCAUUGAGGAGACUAGACUAUCAGCUGACAAUAUUAUUGAGGCGUGGGAGAAUGCAGGGGUGCCGCGUCCACGAGCCCUGCUUGCUGAGUUAGGAUUUAAGGAAAAUGCAGUGAACUCAGUUGGCUUGGAAAACAUUCUUGAUGAAGAACUGCGCACACUGAGCAGUCCUGUUGAUGAAAGAUCACUACUACUCAAUGCAGCUCUUGCAAUCGCACGACUACAGGCUAAACUAUUACGUGAGCGUGCCGACGCAACUGCUGCUGAACGUGACAAACUACGAGCAGAUGUGGCUGAUGCUAAUGCGAGAGCUCGCCUUCUUGCUCAAGAAAUUGAUGAAAACCAUGCUCGACUUGAAGCUGAAUUAAAGUCUAAUUUAAAACGGGCAGAAGCACGUCAUGCUGAAGCAGUGCGUGGAGCGUCAGCCGAAGCUGCUGCAGAGAGAGAGCGCACUGCUGUCUUAUCAUCGCGAUUGCAAGAAGAGAUUAAGCGACGCAUCGAAGCUGAAACACGAUUAAAAGUAGAAUCAGAAGAAUUGAAAUCGCGGCUUGAGGACACAGAAGUGCGACUUCAUAGAUCUGAAGAACGUGUUGCGGAAGUCGAGCGCGAGAGAACUCGUCUCGAAGCUGAGGUACUCGUAGCAGAUAGGGCAAGUGCAGGGCGAAGCCCUCUGUCCGCAGAGCAGGGAUCAGCUGGCGAAAUCGAGACGCACAUAGAACGACUACAGCUCGAGAACCUACGGUUGCGCGACCGCAUCGACGAACUGUGUGCAGCAUUGGAGGUACAGGGUCGCGAGACAGUAUCCACUGUCGUCACGGGGGUCGAUGAUCUCUCUGCUGAGCUGGGUUCACUGUUAUAUCCGAAUCGUGCUGAGGAAUGUGAUUCUUCACCAACAAGCUUGGAUCAAAAAGUGCUCAGUCAUGUCGAAGCAGUUGUUAAAUUACGUGAUCUGCUGGAUAGCUUGCGAAAGUUGUCGGCGAGCCAGAGCACUUGUGAAGUUUGUUCAAACAUUCUGGAUACUAUAGAAACCCUGAAAGAGAAGAUCCAGGAGUUAACAGAGGCUGUGGUUAUGGCAGGGCCGGAGCGAUCAAAUACUUGUGAAGGCAGUACUCAAACAGAACAAGAGGAAGACUCUGUUCAGCUGACGAUGGAACUGGCUGAUACUCUGCAGCAACAUGAGGAGGAGAGAAACAGACUUGAAGCUCUAGUCAAAGAUUUAGAAAGUAGCCUGGAGCAGAUGAAAGCCGAGUACGACAAGUGCGAGGAGUACUGGGCCGGCAAGGUGGAGGAGGAGCGGCGGCUGCACGGCGACGAGCAGCGCGCGGCCGACCAGCGCCUCGCGGACCUGGCGGCCAGGGUCCACGACUACGAGCGGCAGUUCGCGCUGCCGCCCAUCGACGAGCGACCCAAGCUCGAGGCGCAGGUCAACGACCUGCAGGAGGAGUUCGCGCGCUACCGCCGCGACAAGGAGGCCGAGCUGGCGCGGCUGCGGGGCGAGGGCGCGGGGGCGGGGGGCGGGACGGGCGGCGCGGGGGGCGGUGCGGGGGGCGCGGGGCGGCGCGAGCUGCGGGCGCGGGCGGCGCGCGCCGAGGCGGCAGUGCGGCGGCUGCAGGCGCGGCUGGCGGCCGCAGACGUGCUGGUGCGGGACCUGUACGUGGAGAACUGCCAGCUGGCCAGCCGGGACCGGCUCUGA